AUGCAAAUGAACACAUUCACAUUCCCGGAAAUUUCUCAACAAUUUAGGAUAGCUGAUAAGGCGAGAUCCAAGUUAGCAAAUUGUGUUAACGAAUUCUCAAUUAAUGGUCAUGGUGAUUUAAGAAUCCUUGUUGGUCAUGCAAAUCUACUGGAUAGAUUGAAUGACAACAUUGAAAAUAUCAAAUUGAAUUUAGCUUCCUCACAAACAGCUUCUUAUAACUCUUUAUCUUCUGUACCAGAGCAGCAACAACAACAACAUUCAUCGACUAACGUUCUAGAUACCCUCGAGGAUAAUAAGGAUACUUUUAGUUCUCAAACAACUCCGGACUCGGAUUCCGAUUCGGAACCGGAUUCGGAUUCUGCUUCCGAUUCCGAUAACAAUAAUAUUAUUUCUAGUGAUGAAGAAGAAGACCAACAACAACAACUAGAAUAUGACAGUCAUAGAGAAAAUAAUAAGGAUAAUAAUUUAUAUUAUAGUAGUGAAUCAAGUGAUUACGAAAGUAUAUCUGAUUCUGAUAAUGAAUAUGAUAUUGAUUACGAUUUCAAAUAUGAAAAUGAUGAAACUACAAAUGCUAAUAUAAUAGGCAGUUUGAAAAAUAAAUCUCAAUCAGAUUUUAAGAUUGGAUCAAUUGCAAUUCACGAAGAAAAUAACACGGCAGUUGAUGAGGAACAAUACGAUUCUGAUCAAGAUGACAAUAACAAUUACAAGCACUCGUACGGUCUAUCGUCAAGUAAUAUAUUGACAAAAUCAAUGUCUCACAAUAAUAAUUAUAGUAUUGUGUCAACCCCAAAGAAACUAAAUAUUAACAUCAAACCAACUCAAAAUAAUAUUAAGAAUAAAAAUAACAAAACCAAAAAUAUCAUCUCCGUAUCAUCGACAUGUAAACACAUUGAAAGAAUCAAAACAAUAACAUGUGCUGAUUUAUUAAGAAAGCAACAACAUCCAAAGAAAAAUAAUAACAGUGGCAAUAACAGAAAUAUAAUAUGGCCAUCAUUAUCAAAAUCAAAUCCAAAUUUGUCUUCUCUAAUGACACGCAGUAAUGAAAAAAAAUAUAAGUUAGAUGAAACAAACUCAACGACAUCACCCACAAAUUGGAUACCUGUUCAAUAA